CGAUACGACGAGUCUUUUACCGCUUGUGGAUGUUUUGAUCGGGUUGAGUUGAGACAAGUGAUAUCGUGCGUCUGAUUUUAUGGUUUGGACUUAAGGGAAAAAUUUACAGAAACUUUUCCAAAUUAUAUACGAAUGUUUCAAAGUGCAAGUGGUGAUACGGAAAUGGGCUCUUCAAAGCGCAAGUCAUCCUUUCGCAUAGAUGACAUUCUUCACCAACAACAACAGGCUGAACAACAGCAAAUGCUUCUGCAUCAUCAUCACCAGCAACAGCAAAUAAUUCAGAACAGUGUUUUGAAACAGCUCACAGACAUGAGUUCAGGCCAUUCAACGCCAGCCUCGAGCUCGUCGACUCCUUCGUCAACACCCACAGAAUAUUGCAGCAAUUCUGGCGGCGCAAACAAUUCUGGUAAACAAUCUCCGCCGGCAUCACCAGAUCCUUUGCCAGCGGGAGUGUCAGUCCUCAGGCGAUCGGGAUCAGAAUCACCGAAGAAACCCACAGCACUGUAUCCUAGUUUGUUGGAUUUCUCCAAAACCAGUCCUUCCGGCAGCGGAAGUUUUCCCUUCCAUCAUCUCGCAGCACAGUUCGCAGUUCCAGGAUUUAAUCCGGCGAUGAAUCCGACCAUGCUGAAUGCCGCAUAUCUGGAGCACUACGCCAGCGUGCUACAAAAAGCAUCCCCCCGAUUGUUCCCGUUCUACCCGCCACACUACAGCUACCUGUUGCCACCGUGCGGCUCCAAGCGGAAGGGCGGCCAGGUGCGAUUUACGCCUCAGCAAACGCAAAGUCUGGAACGAAGAUUCUCCAACCACAAGUAUCUCUCGCCCGAGGACCGGCGCCAUUUGGCCAUGCAGCUAAAGCUAAGCGACCGACAGGUUAAAACGUGGUUUCAAAAUCGUCGUGCCAAAUGGCGAAGGGCCAAUAACGGAGGCCACUCAUCUGCCGAAUCCGCGGUCGAUAUGGAGUCCACGGAUGUGAACAAGAAUGUUAUGAAAUCCGGUGGCAGCAGCAAUAGCCAUAACGAUCCCAUGACAAAAUACUCGAAUGAAUACCGUGCAGCCUCGAAUAAUAGUAUGAAAUCGGCCAAAUCGUUCGAUUACAAAAGUUCAGAGAUUUUUUCCGAACACGAAACCUCCAGUGAUGGGGAAGAAAGCAGCUUUGAAGAUGAACGAGCAUCGCCAAUAGAUGUUAUGUAGUUUAAAGCAUUUUAACUGGUCAUUUGAAAAGAAUUCUAAUUGUAUAGUUCAGCGAGCGAGAUAACAUCAAUUAGCAUCAAUAAAUUAUUUAUAA